CCGAGGGUUGGUUCGGCUUCCGGAGUCCCACCAUGGCCACCAGUGAGCCCGGGCCGGCACAGCCCAAGGCGGAGGAGCAGCAGCAGAGCAUCGGGACGCGGGUGGCCAACCUGCCCCUGGUGAGCUCUGCCUACGGCAUGGUCUCCACGGCGUACGCCUCCACCAAGGAGAGCCACCCCUACGUCAAGUCCGUCUGCGACGUCGCCGAAAAGGGGGUGAAGACGCUGACGGCGGCGGCGGUCAGCGGGGCCCAGCCCAUCCUCACCAAGCUGGAGCCGCAGAUUUCCACUGCCAACGAAUAUGCCUGCAAAGGGCUGGAUAAGCUGGAGGAGAAGCUGCCCAUCCUGCAGCAGCCCCCGGAGAAGCUCAUCUCGGACACCAAGCAGCUUGUGACCUCCACGGUGACGGGGGCCAAGGAUGUCCUGACCAGCACCGUGGCUGGGGCCAAGGACGCGGUGACCAGCCGGGUGACGGGUGUGAUGGACAUGACCAAAGGAGCCGUGCAGGGCAGCGUGGAGCUGACCAAGUCGGCGGUGAGCAGUGGUGUCAGCACCGUCAUGGGCUCCACCGUGGGCCAGAUGGUGGUGAGCGGGAUGGGCUCUAUGCUGGAGAAGUCGGAGGAGCUGGUGGACCAUUACCUGCCCAUGACGGAUGAGGAGCUGGCCAAACUGGCCACGGCCGUGGAGGGCUUCGAAACGGAGCAGCAGAAGCAGCAGCAGAGCUACUUUGUGCGCCUGGGCUCCCUCUCGACCAAGCUGCGGCACCGAGCCCUCCAGCACUCGCUGGGCAAGCUGCAGAGCGCCCGCCGCAGCAGCCAGGACGUGCUGGCCCAGCUCCAGCGCACCCUCGACCUGGUGGAGCACCUCAAGCAGGGCAUGGACCAGAAGCUGCAGGGAGGGCAGGAGAAGCUGCAGCAGAUGUGGCUGGAGUGGAGCAAGAAGCAACCGGGUGGUGGCAAAGACCUGGUGCCACCAGAGCAGGUGGAGUCGGGCACGCUGGUCAUGCUGCAGGGCUUGACGCAGCAGCUCCAAAGCUCCUGCCAGCCCUUGGUGUCCAGCCUCCAGGGUCUCCCCACCAGCAUCCAGGACACGGCGGGGCAGGUCCGGCAAAACGUGGAGGAGCUACGGGCAGCCCUCGCCUCCGCCGCCUCCCUCCAGGACGUGACGGGCAGCGUGCUGGCCCGAGCCCGUGCCCAUGCCACCAAAGCUCGCCAGCUGAUGGACGAGCUGGUGGAGCACGUGGCCCACAACACCCCCCUGACCUGGCUGGUGGGACCCUUCACCCCCUCAGGCCAGCGCCUGGUGGACCUGGAGAUGAAAUAGCAGCUUCUGGGGUGGGGUGAUAGCGGUGUGUCCCCCGCCAAGCCUCGUUAGGAGCAUCUACUAACCCCUUGCCUGGCCCACCUUGCUAUAACCUUAGUGCCUGCCGGUAUGGGGGACCCCUCCUGCCUGCCCCAUGUGCAGCUCUGUCCCUUGUCCCCUGUGCCAGGGAGGUUGCAGUAACGUGCCCUUGGUUCCCCCAAGUGCCUCUCGAGGUCCCCUCCAGCCCCCGGCUGGCUCCCCCCGUGUCCCUUUGUCCUCGGUGCCUUCAAGCCCCUGUCUUGUAGGGUUGGGGGAUGGCUCGCGAAGCAAUAAACUCUGGUUAGUUUUGCA